GUUACGAUCAGCUGUUUUAGUCUGUUGUCGCGUGCAAUUGGAUUUUUUAAACGAUUUUGUUUUAGUAAAUUUAGGAUACAUUUAAGAAUGCAGUGCACUCGUGCAGUUGCAAGACUGGCCGGCGGCCUAGCGAGAACCGCAUGGGCAACACAACAUACGUAUAAGCACAGGCCAGCGAUACUGGGACUGCUGGAGCAGCCAUGCCGCUUGUGUUCAUCCACCGGCGUUGUGGAUAAUACCAAUAAAACGAAACCCGGCACAGCGGAAGCCGCAGAAGGCGGUAUUCUGAAGAGAGUGCUCAACAAAGUGGGCUUCACACCGAACACAAAGGCGCGCCUCAAGGUAACCAGUCAUCUGCUGUACGAAAGCGUCGCCGACAAGAUCAACUAUGUGACCUUUUUCCGCGACUUCAAUCUGCCCAAUACCUUUAACUCCUGGUUCUUGGUCACCGAACUGCAUGUUUGGCUACUCCUGAUGCGCUCCAUGGCCGAGGGCUCCGAAACGGGCGAGGAUGGACGCUUCCUGCGCAACUGCAUUGUGGAGGCGAUGUGGGGAGAUGUUAACACACGCGCCAAGAAAUUGGGAGCUCACAAUCCUUCACGCACCCGUCAGCAAAUCGAGACCUUAUCCGAGCAGUUCCAAGCGGCCCUAAUCGCCUACGACGAGGGCAUCAUGUCCGACGAUCGGGUUUUGGCCUGCGCCUUGUGGCGCCGCUUCUUCGAGAUGAACUGUGAUGAUUACGCGCAGAUCGAGCGACUGGUGAAGUACGUCCGCCAGCAGGCCAGCAUGCUGGACAGUUUGCCGCGCGAUCAGUUCAUUGUCAAGCCGAAAGUGGCAUGGUUGGAAUUGGACAAGUGCAAGGUUUAAUCUUAGUUAUAUUCUGUUUUUUAAAAAUAAAGUUUGAGAGUAUGUGAACUGGAAACU